AUGCCUUCUCUGCUCGAGCGCUUGGACGUCAACAUGGACAGCGCCGCCGGUCCUGCUCGCGGUACGCGCAAGACGGGCGGUCGAGGGAGUGGCCGAUCGUCACCCUACACCCGGGGCCCGCCUGGUAACCCGGAUGGGCAAUGGAGCCACGAUAUGUUUGACAAGCACAACAGCCUCACGGCGCGACUCGGAAUAACGGACACGGACAACGGCACACCCGGUCGUCCCCGCCGUGUCGAUGCGACUUCCGCCUUACAGUAUCUGGUCAAGCAGGGUGAUAGCAUGUCCAUCAAAGGCGCUGCCAAGUCUGGCAACGUAGUCGAGGUCCGAGGCCUUGCCGUGGGAACCACAGCCGAGGACGUAGAGGCGAUUUUCAAGCGCUGUGGACCUAUCGUCAAGGCUGAGAUACAUCAGAAGCAUCCGGAGCUGGUCAUCCGUGUCACCUACAAGGAGCAGAAGGACGCCAAGACAGCCGUAGAGAAGUUCGACGGGCAGAACGCGGAUGGAAAGAAACUCCAUGUCACCAUUUCCGGGACAAAAGGGACUACUAUCGGGUCCCGCUUCGGGCUUGAUCCUGUUCAAGACGGUCAGGUCGUCCUCCCACCUAGCGACAGCGAUUCGAAAAUGCGGAGCGACGCGAUUCUGCGGGAGGAUCCCCGUGCCGCGCUCGUGGUCGUGCCUCAAGGUGGCGACCCGAAGGAUUAUAUCCAGCAGCAGUCGACGCGUACGUACCUUUUGCUGCGGCGUGUCGCGAACGUGUUUCUGAUCUCCGCCGCGUCGUGA